CUAUAUUCCGCGAGUACAGUACGUUUGCAGAUACCCCCGACCACCAGAACACCGCCAAUCCCCUGGCCCAUUUCCGGAAAUUCUAUCAAAACCAGUCACUUAUCAACAUUUUGCUGUCAUCUCUUCCAAUCGACACUGCUCGGAAAUUGGAAAGAAGAUUCUAUGGAAAGGCGGAAAUGCGGUCGAAUCAGCAAUUGCGAUGGCAUUUUGCAUAUGUGCUUUGGAACCUCCAUAGCAGUGGCCUUGGGGGAGGAAUGUUGGGAACAGUUUUUGAAAAAUCAACCGGCUUUGCAUAUUCGAUCGAUGCCUUGGAAAUAUCAGCGCAAACAGCUACGGAAAAUUUGUUUAAUGCUGAAUCAAAUCGCGACACUGGUACCUUUUUCCUACGCACCUUUGCAUUCCUCAAUCAAAAACCGAAUGCAAGCGUGGUCGAUUUUACGCUGGCGGAAACGAUGCGACGCUUAGCUACAACUCGAGAUCCAGUCCAAUUGUUUUACCGCGGCGAUAUUGCCAAUCAAAUCAUCCGUGAAAUGAAACAAAAUGGAGGAAUUCUGCAGAAGAGCGAUUUCGUGAAUUAUGUAUCGCAUGUGUCGAGGAUCAGUUCGGACUCCAUCAAUAAUAUGCAUAUUUUCGGUCCUCACCGCCCUGCCGCAACGUCUUACAUCCUGCUCGUUUUAUCGGUCUUACAAGAAUCCUUGAAAAAUUCUACCGACCUCAGCCCGGAUAAAUUUUUCCAUCGCCUCUUGGAGGCUGAAAAAUUCUCGCUGGGAAGAUUGCAGGAAGUUGACUCGACAAAGCGCUUCCAGUUUUUUGGCAGUCGUAGAUCGAGACGGUUUGGAGCCAUGAAACGCUCCGAACAACUUGGAAUCGUCUGGAAUAACGGACUGGAUGGAUUCUCGGAUCCAGAAUCGGCGAACUCGUUGGAACCUAGGAAACGAGCAAAGAGCUUGAUGUGCCCAUUAAUACGGAGCGAUGAUAAGGCAAGUCCCUCCUCGCCCUUUCUGCUAAAAGUU